GUGAAGUAGCGAGCGGACUCAGUAGGAUCGGGUGAGUCUUGAGAGUCGAUGCGCCUUGUGAGGCAUUUCUGCAGGAAACCAACUUCCCCUGCAAAUCGUCUCUGUUCAAGCAACAAAUCCACCCUAUCAACUGUUGCAGACGAGCCAUUCAGCCCUGCCCCACACCUUGACCCUUCUCCAUACCCUGCACGUAGCAACUACGCUUCUCUGCUCCAAGCAUGCCUGCGGCAGUGCAAGAAAAUCAAGACCCGCCACCUGUUCGACGAAAUACCCCAACGGGUCGAAGCUUUAAGAAUCUGCAAGGUCAUCCACGGCCAAAGCUUGAAACUUGGGGUGGGAUCAAAAGUGUCUCUAGGAAACGCCAUCCUUGACCUGUACGCCAAGUGUGGCGAUGAGGGCUUCGCCGAGAAAGCGUUCCGUGAGCUUGAGGACAGGGUUGUCGUUGCUUGGAACUCGAUUCUUUCGAUGCACUCAAAGCGGGGAGAGCUCAGUCGUGUGAUUAAGCUCUUUGGAUUGAUUAGAGAGGAUGAGUUGUUGCCUAAUGAGUUUACCUAUGCUGUUGUUUUUUCCGCUUGUGGGAGAAUGGCGGAUGUGAGCUUCGGGAGGCAAGCACACUGUGAUUUAAUCAAGGUUGGGUGGGAAAAGAGUACUUUUUGUGAAAGUUCACUCAUUGAUAUGUACGCAAAAUGUGAAGUCGUGGUAGAUGCGAGGCGAGUUUUUGAUGGAGCCAUGGACCCGGACAUGGUUUCUUGGACGGCUAUGAUUUCAGGAUAUGUUCAGGUGCGCUUGCUGGAAGAAGCUAUCAAACUACACAACAAGAUGCUGCAAUUCGGCCUUGUUCCUGAUCAAGUGACCUCCAUCACCAUAAUCAAUGCGUAUUCUGGCCUAGGAAGGUUCCAUGAGGCACAUGAGUUGUUUUCAAAAAUCCCAAACCCAAAUGUUGUGGCGUGGAAUGUAAUGAUCUCUGGUCAUUCCCAGAAGGGGUUGGAAUCGGAAGCUCUGGACUUGUUUGUGAGUAUGAGAAAGUCCGGAGUAAAACCGACUAGGUCCACGUUGGGCAGUGUGCUGAGUGCCAUUGCUAGUCUCGGAGCUCUUGAUUAUGGCUCGUUAGUCCAUGCUGAGGCAAUUAAACUUGGGCUCACAGAUAAUGUUUACGUUGGAAGUUCCUUGCUUAAUCUUUAUGCCAAGUGCGAGGAAGUGGAGUCUGCUAAGAAAAUUUUUGAUGCACUUGAUGAGAAAAAUGUCAUUUUGUGGAAUGCAAUGCUCGGAGGGUAUGGCCAGAACGGGUAUCCAGAAAAGGUGAUCGAAAUGUUCAGAAGUAUGGAACAGUGUGGGUUUCAACCUGAUGAAUAUACAUACACCAGUACUUUGAGCGUGGCUGCUAGCUUGGAUUCCUUAGAAGCAGGUCGCCAGUUGCAUUGCCUUAUUAUAAAGAAGAAACUCACAUCAAACCUGUUUGUUGGGAAUGCUUUGGUGGAUAUGUAUGCUAAGUGCGGGGCACUCAAGGACUCAAGCAAGCAAUUCGAACAGUUGGAAGUUCGGGAUAGUGUCUCGUGGAAUGCAAUAAUAGUUGGUUAUGUGCAGAAGGGAGAAGAGGACAGAGCUUUCGAAAUGUUCAGGCGGCUGAAUUUUUCGGGCGUUUUCCCCAGUGAGGUGGCUUUGGCGAGCAUAUUGAGUGCAUGCGCUGGUAUUCAGGCUCUUGAACGAGGAAAGCAAUGCCACUGCAUAGCGGUCAAGUUGGGACUGGAGACAAGCCUCUACAGUGCGAGCUCUCUCAUUGAUAUGUAUGCGAAGUGUGGAGAGAUCAGAGCCGCCCGUGAUGUUCUCUCACGAAUGCCCAGCCUCAGUGUGGUCUCAAUGAAUGCUAUGAUUGCUGGCUAUGCCAAAACCAAAAGUGAUUUGGAGGAAGCAAUUAGUUUGUUCCGGGAGAUGAGGGUGGCGGGAUUGAGGCCUUCUCCAAUUACAUUUGCAAGCCUUUUGGAUGCUUGUGAAGAUCCUCGAAGAGUUUACCUGGGAAAGCAGAUCCACUGUCUUGUACUGAAGAGCGGCCUUCGGUGUUAUGAGGACUUUCUGGGUGUUUCUCUCAUAGGAAUGUAUAUGAACACUCAAGAGAAGACAGAUGCCCAUAGUCUUUUCUUAGAGUUUCCUAGACCGAAGAGCAAUAUAUUAUGGACAGUCAUGAUCUCCGGAUAUAAUCAGAAUGACUGCAAUGUGGAGGCUUUGCAAUGUUUCCAGGAAAUGAGAAAUACCAAUAUCCUACCGGAUCAAGCCACAUUUGCUAGCAUUCUAAAGGCGAGCUCGGCUCUCUCUUCCUUGCCUGAAGGAAGAAAAAUUCAUUCGCUUGUCUUCCACACAGGCUUUAACUCCGACGAGUUGACCAGUGCUGCUCUCAUAGACAUGUAUGCUAAGUGUGGGGAGGUCCACAGUUCUACUCAAGUAUUCAAUGAGAUGGAGACAAAAACUGAUGUGGUCUCGUGGAACUCGAUGAUUGUUGGGUUCGCCAAGAAUGGGUUUGCUGAAGAAGCCCUUAAGGUUUUCAAUGAGAUGAAGCAAUCGCACAGUUCUUGUUCUCCCGAUGAUGUCACGUUCCUCGGCGUUCUUACUGCUUGUAGUCAUGCAGGAUUAGUGUCUGAGGGCCGUGAAAUAUACCAAGAGAUGGUGGAUCACUAUAAGAUUCACCCAAGAGCCGACCACUCCGCUUGUAUGGUCGAUCUUUUCGGCCGAUGGGGAUUCUUAGAAGAAGCUGAACGCUUCAUUGACCAAUUAAAUUUUGAACCUGAUCCCAAGGUCUGGGCCACGUUACUCAGCGCUUGCAGGUUACAUGGAGAUGAAAUCAGGGGAAAACGGGCAGCGGAGAAGCUUAUACAAUCGGAGCCCCAGAACUCCUCACCCUACGUUCUUCUCUCGAAUAUAUACGCCGCGUCAGGGAAUUGGCACGAGGUCAACUCGUUGAGGAGGGAAAUGCGAGAGAAGGGAGUUAAGAAGUUGCCAGGUUGUAGUUGGGUCGUGGUGGAAGAGAAGACUAAUCUGUUUGUUGCAGGGGAUGAGUCCCAUCCUCGUGCUGGUGAAAUUCGUUCCAUACUAAAAGACUUAACUGAUCUAAUGAGGGAUGAUGCUCAUACCGAGCCUGAUAUUAUUAUGCUUUACGGUGCAUAAUGAGGUCGGAUCGGACUGUCUAUCUGGCUGAGCAAUGGUGGGCACAGAAAAGAUCAAAUCUAUAUCGAAACAGAGGGAUGUGUUCGUCGUGCUGAAGCUGCAUGAUAUUCGCUGAGCAGUUGUUCCUGUGUGAUUAAUUGUCUUGUACAGUAGAACAUUUCUUUUUUUCUGCAGGGAUGAUUCUUUUCUUCGUUGAUGACAUUUCACAAUUGAAAGUUAUUAAUUUUAUGGGGUGCCCGACAGAUUUGGAGGGCAAGAAUUGGCACAAAACCAUUGUUUAGGGGGCCAAUUUGCUGGAAAAACGUUCUUGCUGUCAAAAAUUGACGAGGCGCAAUGAGUUAAAAGGUGUGUCGAAUGGAAGCAUAGGGUUUGUUUAGUUUCAAAA